AUGAUAGCAGUUUGGGCCGAACGAUCACGCGCGUCCGGCUGGUCUUCCGCGUUCUGGAUCACCGCCGCGCUGGUCUCGGUGCCGGUCAUCACGACCGCAUUGCUGCGCAGUCGCCGGUGGGAGUCUGAGUCCCAACAACGACGGCCAGAUCUGGCGUUAAUUCCGUCUCUGCCUCUGUUCCUCGAAGCGAAGAAGCAUGCGACGACGAAUCCCGACAAGGUUGCCGUCGUCGACAGGACGAAAGGGCAGAGUUUCACGUACCGCCAGCUGCUGGCAGAUGUGUCGGCGCUGAAGAAGUGGCUCCUGGAAGAGCUGGGUCUUGCGUCGACAGGGGAUCUGCAGGAGAGGAGAAUUGCCUUCCUCGUGCCGAAUGGUUACGACUACGUGGUCACUCAAUGGGCAGUUUGGGCUGCGGGGGAGUGGCUGUUCCUCUGUGUUCGUCUACAUACAUACAUACAAGUUACCGAAUUGCUCUACACGAUUGGAGACUCGCAGCCGUCGUUGGUGAUCAUCCACCCCUCUUUCCAGAAGCUCGAGCCGUCUCUACGAGAGCAAGCGACCCAUGUUCGGUUUACGACGUCAGUGCCAUUCGCUACGUCGCGGUCUGAGCUGCCUCCAUUUCAUCCGUCAUUCCCCACGACGAGAAGAGCGCUCAUGAUCUACACUUCAGGGACAACGUCCAAUCCAAAAGGAUGCGUGUCGACGCACAAGAACAUCACCUUCCAGGCGGACUGUCUUGUGAAGGCAUGGCAGUACACGCCCUCGGAUCAUUUGAUACACGUUCUUCCCCUUCACCAUAUACAUGGAAUCAUCAAUGGAUUGACCGCUACGCUGUUGAGCGGAGCAACCGUGGAGAUGCACCCAAAGUUUGACCCCAAGGUCAUCUGGGAGCGGUGGCAGGAUAAAGGCUCGUCGACGAUGUUCAUGGCGGUGCCAACCAUCUAUUCCCGGCUUGUUGACUACUUCGACGCACAUAUCCGGUCUACAGAAGCGGAGGCUGCUGCCAGGGAGGGAGCCAAAGCGCUGCGACUGGUCGUGAGCGGCUCCGCGGCCCUCCCGACACCGAUCAAGGCCAAAUUCGCCGAAAUCACCGGCCAGACGCUGCUGGAGAGAUAUGGGAUGACUGAAAUCGGUAUGGCCAUCAGCUGCGGACUUGAAGUCGAGAAGAGGAUCGACGGCAGCGUCGGCUGGCCGCUGCCGGGAGUGCAAGUGCGGCUGGUCGACAAGGAGACGGGAGAGAUUAUCGAGUCGGCGGACGAAGACGGCAUGAUCGAGGUGAAGGGCGACAAUGUGUUUCUGGAAUACUGGAACCGGCCCGAAGCCACGGCUAAAGAGUUCACACCGGACGGAUGGUUCAAGACGGGCGACGUGGCGAGACGCAACAAGGACGGGGCGUACUUUAUCCAGGGCCGGGCGUCAGUCGACCUGAUCAAGUCUGGUGGUUACAAGAUCUCCGCGCUGGAGGUGGAGCGAAAGAUGCUGAGCCUGGACGCGAUUCAGGAGGUGGCAGUAGUGGGCGUUGCGGAUGAAGAAUGGGGACAGCGGGUGGCAGCGGUGGUCAAGCAGAAGCCGGGAACUGCCCCCUUGGAACUCAGCACGCUCCGCGCGCAAUUAAAAGAGGAAAUGGCGCCGUACAAGGUGCCCACCAUCCUGCGGGUAGUGGACGAGAUUGAGCGAAACGCCAUGGGCAAAGUCAACAAGAAGGACUUGCUGAGGAAGUACUGGCCGGAGAGAAGUCCAGUCCGAAACUCAGAUCGGAAGUCUGCUGCUAUUUCAGGUACUGUUAGAUCUGAUUUGAAGAAAGAAACAAAAAUGACCCUCCCGCAGUUCCUUCACACGAGAAGCAGCAAUAACCAUAACAACAAUAAUGCAUGCAGGCCCACAGCAGCAGAGGCAGCAGCAGCGACUUCUGCAAUGAUGUCUGGCGGCGGCAACAGCAGCAGCGGCAGCAGUAACAAUAGUAAUAGCAAUACUUCCUCGCCAGCGACUGCUACCACUGCUACUACUGCUACUACUAUCACCACUACUACGAGCAAUACCGAUAUCAAUACCAAUACGAAUACCAACACCCUCUCCCCAAGCGAAGAGCACCAGCAUCCACUAUUCAGGAAACGCUCCACGACGGCAACAACAAUCGCUAACGGAAACAGCAAUGUCAAUUCCAAUUCCACUGCAGGUGCAGGUACUGGCGCCGUCAUCAGCGACAUCUACAGCAAGACAUGCAUCAACAUCGAGCAGACGGAGAAGACGGAGGACGCGGGGUCGCAGGGUUCGAGCACGAAUUUGAACUUGAAUUCGAAUUCUAAUUCUAAUUCGAAUGCGAAUUCUAAUUCGAAUGGGAAUGCGAAUGCGUGGAGGGAUCGGAGAGGGAAUCCGCUUCGCUGGAUCUACCGAAAACAAGGACAAGGAUCUCUGGAUCAACUUCAGAAAUCGCAAUCGCAACCGCAACAACCACCGCCUCCAGCAGCAGCAGCUGCACCAGCAGCACCAGCAGUGGUAGCUCCUCCUAUUCACCCACUCACUCGGCAACUGUCGCAGUCACAGAAACGCCAGCAGCAGCAGCAGCAGCAGCAGCAGCAACAGCAACAGCAAGAACAACAACUCCUCCUCCGCGACGAAGAAAUCCGGCACUUACACCAGCAGGUAACGAACCUCUCGACACGAAACACAGACCUCGAGCGGCUCAACGCCGAACUGGCAUCGCGCAACCGCACGCUAACGCACGACCUGGCCCUGGAGCGGGAGACGCAUCGACGCUCACGGGAAGAGACGAGCAAGCUGCUCUCGCGCACCAGCGCGCUGGAGCGGCAGACAGGCGCGCUGGAGACGCAGCGACAGACGCUAAACGAGCAGCAGGGCAAGGUGCAGAAGCUGAGCGUCCUCCUCGGGCAGCGGGAGGCGCAUAUCCGGACUCUGAACGGGGUGCUGGGCCGGUACAGUGGGCAUAUCGAGCGGCUCGAGAAGCUGGUUGCUGUGCUGGAGGGCGAGUGGCGGUUGAUUGCGCCGUUGCUGGAUCGGCAUCUGCGGUUGCGUCCUGGGGUGGGCAUGGAUCUGAGGAAGAUGAGACUGAUGUUGGGAGGAGAUGAUGAUGAUGAGCAGACAGACCUGUUGACGUUGCCAACUCAGUUGAAGAAGGUGCCGUGA